UCUGAUCCUCUCCUUCAAAAACCCAACCCGCCUUCUUCUCCCUCCUCACUCGCCGUUGAAAACUCAACCUCCGUUUCUGUCGCUCCGUUGAAACCGCAGCCCUUUCAAUCAUGGACGAGAAUUCAGCUCUUAUAGCACAACUUCUCAUGGAAGACGAAAUUGAAAUGAGAAACAGUAGCGGCAAAGGCAACGUUAACGUUAACGUCGUUAACGUUAAAGAUCAGAGCGACGGCGGAUGGAAAACAGUUACGUAUUCAAAGCGGAACAAGAAACAACAACUCCCGAAAGUUUCGAAUUUGCCGGAGAAUUCUUCCUCCGAUCACCGACGAUCUAACGGUGUCGGCGGUGGGGAAGCUGAUGUGUUUCGUUCAAUUGAGCAACAUUCUGAGGAUCGGAGACGGAGGAUUGCGGAGGAGAGCCGGAGGAGAGAGGAGGAGGAGAGUGGCGAGAGAGAUGGAUCGAAGCGGCAUUCUGAUGAGGAUGAUGGCGAGAGUGACGAUGGAGACCGUGGUGGUGCUGGAGAACAAGUGAAGAAGGUAAAGAAGCCGAAGGCGAAGAAACCAAAAGUGACGGUGGCGGAGGCGGCUGCGAAGAUCGAUGCCGGUGAUUUAGGCGCCUUUCUUGUUGACAUCACUGUCUCGUAUGAGACACAGCAGGAUAUACUAUUAAUGAGAUUUGCUGAUUACUUUGGAAGAGCAUUUUCAUCAGUGAGUUCAGCUCAGUUUCCUUGGUUGAAGAUCUUCAAGGAGUCCUCUGUUGGCAAAUUGGUUGAUAUUCCUCUCGGACACAUCUCUCAAGAUGUUUACAAGACGGCAGUUGACUGGCUUGGCCAGCGAUCUCUUGAAGCACUUGGGUCCUUUGUGUUAUGGUCAGUGGACAGCAUUUUCGCUGACCUUGCAAGUCAUCAAGGAGUUACCAAGGGAUCCAAAAAGGUGGUCCAGCAAUCGCCAUCCAAGUCUCUGGUUGCCAUAUUUGUGGUUUUGGCAAUGGCAUUACAACGCAAGCCUGACGUGUUGAUCAAUUUAUUGCCGGUAAUCAGUGAAAAUCCAAAAUAUCAAGGACAAGACAAGCUUCCAGUCACUGUAUGGAUGAUUGCUCAGGCUUCUCAAGGAGAUUUGGUUGUGGGAUUGUACAUGUGGAUUCGUGUUCUCUUCCCUAUGCUGAGUGGAAAAUCAAGCAGUAAUCCUCAAUCCAGAGACUUGAUCUUGCAGUUGAUUGAGAGAAUCUUAUCAUCCCCCAAAGCUCGUACAAUUUUAUUAAAUGGUGCUGUUAAAAAGGGUGAGCGCUUAGUACCACCUUCUGCUCUUGAGCUUUUGAUGAGAGUAACCUUCCCAGUUCCUUCAGCUAGAGUUAAGGCAACCGAGAGGUUUGAAGCUGUUUAUCCAACCUUAAAGGAGGUUGCUCUCGCUGGUUCCUCUGGAAGCAAAGCAAUGAAGCAAGUUACGCAGCAGAUUUUGAACAUUUCAGUCAAAGCUAUUGGAGAAGGUAACUCUGAACUAUCAAAGGAAGCAAGUGACAUUUUCAUUUGGUGCUUGACACAGAACCCUGAGUGUUACAAACAAUGGGACAUGUUUUAUCUGGAUAAUCUCAAAGCGAGUGUCAUGGUUUUGAGACAGCUUUCAGAUGAAUGGAAGGACCACUCUGUCAAACAUUCUUGUCUUGACCAAGUGAGGGAAACUCUAAAGAGUUUCAGGCAGAAGAAUGAGGAAGUAUUGGCAAAGGCAGAGAAUUCAGGCGACCAUGCAUCCUUGAAAGAAGCAGACAAGUACUGCAAGGCAAUUCUGGGACGAUUUUCACGAGGCCUUGGAUGCAUAAGAAGCACGUUUAUUGUGUCUGCUGCUCUGGCUGUGGGAGCUGUUAUCAUGUCCCAGAAAGAAUUUUGGGACUUGCAAAAACUCUCUGCAAUGCUCAACUUACCAACCUCAUAAGUUUGUCAGGGAGUUUCCCCAGCAGCGAAUGACUUUCAUCAUCGCGAUUACUUGUUAUAUCAGGCUUAGUUCAGUUGUUCCUUCGCAAGAUGGACAGAGAAUGAGGGCUUUGUGAUUGCAAAUUGGAGCAGCAAUAGCAAUAGUGGCCAAAAGGAGUUGGUUGACAUAUCACAGAAUGUUGAUCUGUCUAGUUUUCGUCAUCAAUCCCGUUUCGUCGUAAUAACUAAUUUAUAAUCGAUUGUGUAUGUAAGAAAGUAAAGCUAUGUGAUGCAAUCUGUGUGUUCUUGAAAACAGUCUAGUCAAAUUGUUUCUGUUUUCUUGGGUGGACUGAAUCAAGAUUCAUAGAAUUUGGUAGGUCAGCUCUUGGCCACUGAUGAUUUAGGUGCUUGGUGGGAUUUUUCUGAUCAAAAUAAUGAGGAUGGUGAAUAUUGUUCCAAUAA